UUAUGUCCUCUUCAACAACAUCCAUGAUUCAGCACUUCAACAAAUCCUACAUGUUCGGAUUCCAUUAUCUCUCCGAUGAUUCUGAACAUUCUUCUACUUUAGAAGCAAUCCAACAGCACCUUCUCGGCAAUGAAACCGCUGACUUGCCUCCGUCUUAUCCGGCAACACUUUCCGACCACGUCCCAUUGCACGGCCAGAGUUCAAUGUAUGACAUUCAUUGCAUCAAUGAACUAGUUCCUGAAUUUUCCACCAUUAAUAACAGCAUCAAUGUUGAUGCUGAUGUGGCGUGUAAGUAUAACGCGCCCCCGGUUGAACGGCAUUACCGUGGUGUUAGGAGGCGGCCUUGGGGGAAAUACGCGGCGGAGAUCAGAGAUCCGGCUAAAAAUGGUGGUAGGGUUUGGCUUGGAACUUAUGAUACAGCUGAAGAUGCAGCUAUAGCUUAUGACAGAGCAGCUUAUGAGAUGCGUGGAGCUAAAGCCAAGCUUAAUUUUCCUCUCCUUGUGGGCUCCAACGUGUGGGAUUCGGUUCGAGCAACUCCACCGCGACCUCGCCAUGGCCGCUGCUGCUGGCGGCGGCGGCGGCGGCGGCGAGCAUCCUUCGAAGCUUAAGCGGAUAAGGAAGAGCUAGUGAGGCGUGAGUGUGUGAGAUACUGAGAUACUUCAGAUAGUGUAAAUAUUGUGAUUUGGUUGCAUUCUUUUUUUUUUUUUUUAACUGCGUUCUUUUGUUCAUUAGCUCUUGGGCAGUCAAAGAAAAAAAAAAUUAUUUCUUUGGAGGACUAAAGAUUUUACUCUACUUUAGCUUGAGCAACCAAAAAAAAAAAAAAGAUUCUACUUGUGCCCUUCAAUGUUCUUGUUAGCAUUUUAUAAAAUUGUAUUAGUAUGUGGAUCGAGAGGUUU